UAGAUAGAUACAACUGUAAGUGUGUAUAUAACACACUCCCCCUCCCUCCCUCCGCCUUCAUUCUUCCUCCUCCUAACUGUAAUUUGUACCUUCCCUCUCCAACUUGUUCCACUGCAAGUCGGGGUUUUAUCUUGAAAAGGUGGGGCUUUGGAAUGUGGAAUGCCAUUCUGGGCUGAAAUUCAUAUCUGGGUUGCGCUCAUCUUGUUGGGAAGUCUCUCCAUUUUCGCUCUGAUUUUUGGGUGGCCCUUUGUAGAAAAGCAGCCAUCAGCCAUGUCUACUCUUGUUAAUCGCAGUGGUGAUGACGAGUUCUAUUCUGGGAGUUCAUUAUGCUCAGCAGAUUUUAGCCAUUUCUUAUCUCUUGGUUAUGCGGAUGUUUACUGCCCUCCAGGAAAGCGCCCGCGCCUUCCAAAUCCACUUGUUGAAGAAAAUUCAAAGAAAGCAUCCAUGGAAAUGCUUCCAGAUGAGUGCUUGUUUGAGAUACUUAGACGCUUGGGCGGUGGCCGUGAAAGGAGUGCCGCCGCUGUUGUUUCAAAGCGCUGGCUCAUGCUCCUCAGCAGUGUCCGCAGUUCAGAAAUAUGCGAGAGCAAGAGGCAGGCGAUAUGUUUGGAUGGAGAUUGCGAAAUUGAGUGCGAUGGGUACCUUACAAGGACUGUGGAAGGGAAAAGAGGGAGUGAUGUUAGACUUGCUGCCAUUGCAAUUGGAACUUCGAGCCGUGGGGGGCUCGGGAAGCUUUCGGUCCGAGGGAGCAAGUCUAUGUGUGGCAUUACUAAUGCUGGUUUAUUGGCAAUUGCUCGGGGUUGCCCUUCCCUCAGGGCCCUGUCACUGUGGGAUGUGCCUUGUGUUGGAGAUGAAGGCCUUAUGGAGAUUGCAAAGGAAUGCCAUUCAUUGGAGAAGCUGGAUCUUUGCCAGUGCCCUUGGAUUUCGAGCAAGGGUCUUGUUGCGAUUGCUGAAAGGUGUCCGAGUUUAACUUGGUUAACAAUUGAGUCUUGCUCGAGUAUAGGCAAUGAGGGGCUCCAAGCCAUUGGGAGACACUGUAGUUUGUUACAAUCUGUGACUAUUAAGGACUGCCCUCUUGUUGGAGACCAGGGUGUUGCAACUCUGCUGUCAUCCACUUCUUCUGCCCCAACUAAAGUCAAACUUCAUGGGUUAAAGAUCACUGAUUUCUCGCUAGCCGUUAUAGGACAUUAUGGCAAGGCUAUUACCUCUCUUGCUCUUAGUGCACUUCAGAAUGUGAGCCAAAAGGGUUUUUGGGUGAUGGGUAACGCUGGAGGUCUAAAGACUCUGGCUUCUUUGACAAUCAGCUCUUGUAGGGGAACCACAGAUGUGAGCCUUGAAGCUGUGGGAAAAGGUUGUCCAAAUCUGAAACUUAUGUGCCUUGCUAAGUGUUGCUUCGUGUCUGAUCAUGGACUGGUAGCUUUCAGCAAAGCUGCGGGAGGCCUCGAGAGUUUGCAGGUGGAAGAAUGCAAUAGGAUCACCCAAAUAGGGGUUGUGAAUGCAAUUUCAAAUUGUGGCAAGUUAAGGUCUGUUUCUGUGGUGAAGUGUAUGAAUGUGAUGGAUCUAAACCCGGAAACUGAAUUGCUGUCUCCAUGUGAAUCUCUGAGAUCGUUGUCCAUCCGAAACUGCCCGGGUUUUGGGUUGGCCAUGGUGGGUAAGCUCUGCCCACAGCUAUACCAAUUGGAUCUGAGUGGGCUUUGUGGGAUAACAGAUGCUCCUCUUCUCUCCCUCCUGGAGACCUCCAAGGCAGGCCUUGCCAAGGUCAACCUCAGUGGGUGCCUUAAUUUGUCGGAUGAAGUGGCGUUUGCCCUGGCCAGGUUGCACGGUCAGACGCUGGAAGUACUGAAUCUGGACGGGUGCAGGAAGAUGACUGAUGCAAGCUUGGUGGCAGUGGCGAACAGUUGCACCUUCCUUAACGAUCUCGAUGUUUCAAAAUGCUCAAUAACUGAUUCUGGUGUGGCUGCAUUGUCCCGGGGUGUGCAGAUAAACUUGCAGAUUCUUUCCCUAUCGGGUUGCUCCAUGGUGUCGAGCAAGAGCGUUCCUUCCCUUGGAGAAUUGGGAAAGAAUCUGCUCGGUUUGAAUCUCCAGCAAUGCAAUGGCAUGAGCAGCAGCGCCAUUGAACUACUUGUAGAGCACUUGUGGAGGUGUGAUAUCCUCUCCUAACGCGUCCAACUUUUUUGCAGGCUAGCUUAUAAAAAGGCCUGUUGGUUGCCAUGACCGAUAACCACCUUCUUCAGAUUGUUUUUGUUUUUGUUUUUGUUUUUCUGAGUCUUAGUACCCAAAAGGCCAGGUCCCUUGUUUCUUGUACUGUACCGGGCAUCAACAAAGUUAUAAUACUGUUUGUAUAUAAAUCUUUGUCAUCAGCUAAUAAAAAAACACAGUCUUGGUAAU